ACCAAAUUACAACAAAUCAAAAAGAUAGAGGAGACAAACGCACCGAACUCUGCUAAAAAAGAGAGGGAAAACCCUCCCCUCCAAGCCUCCCUCUGCAUCCUUUUCUUGCUUCUACACGGAGAGUGAGAGAGAGCCUUUCUUUAACCAAAAAUCCUUCUCUUAAUGUCACUUUCAGUUUGUUCUUGCCUUCAUCCUCAACUACUUUACUCUUCUACUCUUUCUUCUUUUUUCUAACCAACCCAUCACCUUACUCUGUUUAACUUGAUCGCUUUUUCUUGCACGCCACUCUUCUCUCUUUGUUACUGACAAAACCCACAAAAAAAAAACCAAAUUUGAGUACCCAUUUGUGUUUUCUUGAGAAAACCUUGAGAAAGUAACGAUGGGAAAUUGUUUUACUAGUUCAAAGCAAUCAAUGGCAGAGUUAGCUCCUUGUGAUUUCAUCAAAUCAACCCCGGCCGUCCAAUUAUACGGUGACCCCACCAGUUCUUUCACUCUCUACCUUCAUCUUGCUCUUCUUUACAAGACUAGAGCGCUUCAAUUUACACCCACUAAUGACCCGAUUCCAGUGGUCCAAUUCGGGCCCGAAACAGUUUCGGGUCCCCGAGAGAUGAUGGUUCGGUUCAUUGAUGUGAAGUUGCCGCAACCGCCGUUGAUGGUGGUGGUGGAAGAGGGAGGUGAAACGGCGGCGUUGGUGGUUAAAAUGGUGGCGAUGCAACAUAGGAGUGUGGUGUGGCAUUUGGAGAGGAUGGUGUGGUGGAGUGAGGAUUUGGUGACACGUGGUGGGAAGAAGAAUGGUGAUCCGACUAUGGGGAGUGCGAGGAUGGAGGUGAGGAAGUUUGGGAAGAGUUAUUCGCAGUUGCUAGAGGUCAUGAUUGAGCACGCGCAGAUGGAGGAGCGUGUGCUUUUUCCACUUCUCGAAACGGCUGAGAGAGGGCUGUGUAAAGCUGCAAAUGAGGAGCAUGGAAGGGACCUACCCAUCAUGAAUGGAAUCAGAGAAGACAUGAAAUCAAUUGGAGUUCUAGACACUGGGAGCAAUGACUACCGAGAGGCUCUUCGAAACCUUUCCACUCGGCUCAAAUCAUUGCUGGAUCAUAGCAAAGAGCACUUCCAGGAGGAGGAGCGAGAUGUAUUACCAUUGAUGGAGGCUCUGGAACUGGGAAAAGAUCAGCAAUUGAGGGUAUUGGAGCAAUGUAUUGAUGUGAUGCAAGGGACUCACUCGCAUUUGUUCAGCUUUUUUAUUGAAGGUCUUCUCCCUCGAGAAGCCAUGCAGUACCUGGAUUUGAUUACAAGGUGUAAAGAGGAAAAACUCGUGGCCUCCAUGCUUCGCAGGAUUAUUGAGUAGGGUGCAGAAGUAGCUACAUUGAUAUGGUACGUAGAGUGGAAUGCUGGUUUUUUCUUAAUGUUCAUAGAGAUAAAAAGAAGUCGUGUGCUCUUAUAUAGCUGAAGCAAAAGGUAUUUGUUUUGUGGCUUGUGCGGCCAGUGGUGCCAUUUCGAAACUGUUAUUUGUAAGCAAUGGAACUUUGUCCCGUCAAGGAUUGAGAAGUAAUUGGGAGUUUGAUGAAUCACAGCGGGCAAAAGACUUGCAGGACUUGUAGUUUCAUUUUUGGUUGAUGUUAUUUGGCAUACUUCGCUUGGACCCCAGGCUUGGCUCAUAAAGCAUGGUGUUUCUCAUGGAAUGCUAGAAAGAUUACUUCGCAGAAAACACAUUACGGUCAAGAUUCAUUUCACCGAUGGACUCAUUGGCAUACUUCUUGCUUCUCAAACCUGUCGAAUCAGAAUUGCUUCACCUCAUCGAUUACCCGUGGCCAUGGUCUGUAAAACACCUCGUUUGCAGAGUUCAUUUAUCCCUUUGAGAACUUAUUCAUUGAGGUGGAAUUUCAUGUUUAUGGAAGAGACUUGGUUAAGUCUAUGAUCAAACUGACUUCCAAAUACCGAUAUCUGGUUUGAUUUUGGUGAGGUGAAGGUUGAUUGUUUGUUGUCUUUUGAAGGGUAGAAGGAAGGGUAAUUGUAAUUUGUGAAUGCCAUACUUCUCCUGCUUAGUCUCUUAUGUGUUUCGAAAUAAAAAAUGGUGUGACUUGAUAUGA